GCUUCAUCUUCUCCUGUUUGUACGCUAAAACAAAAAUCACGAUCUCCAAGAACAACACUUUCAAGCCGUGUCCAUUUCUCUGCUACUCAAACUCCCAGAAAAUCAAACUUACAGAGGGAAAAAAGCAGAGAAAGUUUCAAAAACCCUUCAAAUAUAGCUUUUGUUAUGAAAAUAUGAUCAUACGAUUACCUCUACGUCUCCUUAAUAAGUAGCUUUUCUUCAGUUUUGAUUGAUCUUUCUGCAACUUCUUGUAAAUUUUGAUGAUGGAGGAUUUGUACGGAUUCCAACCCAGUAUGGAUUAUUACUCGGACCAAGCAUCAUUAUGGUUGGAUAAUAUGGUUUCUCCGGCGGAUUACCAGAGCUUGACCGAUGGAAUUCCCUUUUCUGGACCAGAUCAGUGGUUCUCUCCGGCAAUAUCGGAGUCUGUAUCUUUUGGGCCUCAUGAAAUUCAAGAAAGUGGAGGUGGAGGAGGAGGAGGAGGAGGAGGAGGAGGAGGUGGAGGUGGAGGUGGAGCUGGAGGAGGAGAAGGAGGAGAUGGGCAAGAAAUGUCAAGUGUAAUUAAGGCCAGAAUUGCAUCUCAUCCUAGUUAUCCAAGACUACUUCAAGCUUACAUAGAUUGUCAAAAGGUGGGAGCACCACCGGAGAUAGCUUGCCUGUUAGAUGAAAUCUGUCGAGAAAAUGAUGGUUGUUGGAGAAACGUUGCAGGUGCUUCCACUAGCUUAGGAGUUGAUCCUGAGCUCGAUGAAUUCAUGGAAAUGUACUGUCAUAUGUUGGCGAAGUUUAAAUCGGAGCUUGUGAGGCCUUUUGAUGAAGCUACCUCGUUCUUGAAUAGGAUGGAAAUGCAGCUCAGCAAUCUCUGCAAGGGUUCUUCUAGAAAUUCAGUUUCGGAUGAAGCUGCUGGAUCAUCUGAUGAUGAUUUUAGCGGAGGAGAAAUUGAGAUUCAACCGAGAUCUGAAGACCGAGAGCUUAAGGAUAAACUCUUACGCAAGUAUAGUGGUUAUAUUAGUAGCUUGAAGCAAGAAUUUUCGAAGAAAAAGAAGAAAGGAAAGCUGCCUAGAGAAGCGAGGCAAACACUGCUCGACUGGUGGAAUGUUCACUAUAAAUGGCCAUACCCGACGGAGGCUGAUAAGAUGGCGCUUGCUGAAUCAACAGGCCUAGACCAGAAACAAAUAAACAAUUGGUUUAUAAACCAGCGGAAGCGCCACUGGAAACCAUCGGAAAACAUGCAGCUUGCUAUCAUGGACAGUCUUUCUGGACCAUUUUUCAUGGGUGACUGAAAUUGGUUUUAAUAACCUCAAAUGUAUGUGUGUCUCUGUGUUGUGUAUUCUUGUAUGUGAUCUUUAUUAAUACUUAAUGCAAGUGCAUUCAAAGUUCAAUUGUGCAUUCCCUUCAUAUUCUGUGCUUUUUUUGUCUUUGGAUUUGGAUCUGUUUACAGUCAAUUGAUUAUAGUGGUCAAUGAGAAUGCUUUUAACAGCUUUGUUCUUGAAAA